GGAACUAGGAGACCUGGGGAGAGAAAAGGGGGAGGCCGGGGGUGCUUAUUGGGCCACAGGGCGGGGCUAACCCCCGAGGUCAGCACGCCCUGGAUAAAGGGCUGCAGAGCCAGCACAGGUGGCAGAGUCUUCGUUCCUUGAGUCGCCUCAGGACCUUAGACAUGAAGCUCUUCAUCCCCGCCCUGCUGUUCCUCGGGACACUUGGACUGUGUCUGGCUGCCCCUAAGAAAGGGGUUCGAUGGUGUGUCAUAUCCAAAGCAGAGUAUUCAAAAUGCCGCCAGUGGCAAUCAAAGAUAAGAAGAACUAAUCCCAUCUUCUGCAUAAAGAGGGCUUCUCCCACUGACUGUAUCCGGGCCAUCGCGGCAAAAAGGGCAGAUGCUGUGACCCUUGAUGGUGGUUUGGUGUUUGAAGCAGGCCAGUACAAACUGCGGCCGGUAGUGGCGGAGGUCUACGGGACAGAAGAGAAUCCCCAAACCUACUAUUAUGCUGUGGCUGUAGUGAAGAAAGGUUUCAACUUUCAGCUGAACCAGCUACAAGGUCGAAAGUCCUGCCACACAGGCCUUGGCAGGUCUGCUGGGUGGAAUAUCCCUAUAGGGUUACUUCGCCGGUUCUUGGACUGGGCAGGGCCACCUGAGCCCCUCCAGAAAGCUGUGGCCAAAUUCUUCUCUCAGAGCUGUGUGCCCUGCGCAGAUGGAAAAGCGUAUCCCAACCUGUGUCAGCUGUGCAUAGGGACAGGGAAAGAUAAAUGUGCUUGUUCCUCCCAGGAACCGUAUUUUGGCUAUUCCGGUGCCUUCAACUGUCUGCACAAAGGGACUGGAGAUGUGGCUUUUGUCAAGGAGAGUACAGUGUUUGAGAACCUGCCACAGAAGGCUGACAGGGACAAAUAUGAGCUACUCUGCCCAGACAAUACUCGAAAGCCAGUGGAAGCAUUCAGGGAGUGCCACCUUGCCCGGGUCCCUUCUCAUGCUGUUGUGGCCCGAAGUGUGAAUGGCAAGGAGAACUCCAUCUGGGAGCUUCUCUACCAGUCACAGAAAAAGUUUGGAAAAAGCAAUCCACAGGAGUUCCAGCUCUUUGGCUCUCCUGGUCAGCAGAAGGACCUCCUGUUUAGAGACGCUACCAUCGGGUUUUUGAAGAUCCCCUCAAAGAUAGAUUCUAAGCUGUACCUGGGCCUCCCGUACCUUACUGCCAUCCAGGGCCUGAGGGAAACGGCAGCGGAGGUGGAGGCGCGGCAGGCGAAGGUAUUGUGGUGCGCCGUGGGUCCAGAGGAGCUGCGCAAGUGCCGGCAGUGGAGCAGCCAGAGCAGCCAGAACCUGAACUGCAGCCUGGCCUCCACAACCGAGGACUGCAUCGUCCAGGUGCUGAAAGGAGAAGCUGAUGCUAUGAGCUUGGAUGGAGGAUUUAUCUACACUGCGGGCAAGUGUGGUUUGGUGCCUGUCCUGGCAGAGAACCAAAAAUCUCGCCAAAGCAGUAGCUCAGACUGUGUGCAUAGACCAACACAAGGGUAUCUUGCCGUGGCGGUUGUCAGGAAAGCAAAUGGUGGUAUCACCUGGAAUUCUGUGAGAGGCACGAAGUCCUGCCACACUGCUGUGGACAGGACAGCAGGCUGGAACAUCCCCAUGGGCCUGCUUGUCAACCAGACAGGCUCCUGCAAAUUUGACGAAUUCUUUAGUCAAAGCUGUGCUCCUGGGUCUCAGCCGGGAUCCAAUCUCUGUGCACUGUGUGUUGGCAAUGACCAGGGCGUGGACAAGUGUGUGCCCAACAGUAAUGAGAGAUACUAUGGUUACACCGGGGCUUUCAGGUGCCUGGCUGAGAAAGCUGGGGAUGUGGCGUUUGUGAAAGAUGUCACUGUCUUGGACAACACGAAUGGACAGAACACUGAAGAGUGGGCCAGGGAAUUGAGGUCAGACGACUUUGAGCUGCUGUGCCUUGAUGGCAGCAGGAAGCCUGUGACUGAGGCUCAGAACUGUUACCUGGCUGUGGCCCCCAGUCAUGCUGUGGUCUCUCGGAAGGAAAAGGCAGCACAGGUGGAACAGGUGCUGCUCACUGAGCAGGCUCAGUUUGGAAGAUACGGAAAAGACUGCCCGGACAAGUUUUGCUUGUUUCGGUCUGAGACCAAAAACCUUCUGUUCAACGACAACACGGAGUGUCUGGCCCAACUCCAAGGCAAAACAACAUACGAAAAAUAUUUGGGAUCAGAGUAUGUCACAGCCAUCGCUAACCUGAAACAGUGCUCAGCCUCCCCGCUUCUGGAAGCCUGUGCCUUCAUGAUGAGGUAAAACCGGAAAAGAAGCUGCCCCGCCUCCCCAGGGGCCUCAGCUUUCCCUCCUCCCGUCUUGAUUCCCAGCUGCCCUGGGCUGCCUCUCUCCCUUCCUGAGGGCAGACUUUGUUCAGCUCAUCCGUUUUCACAAUUCCCUGCUGGCCUCUUAGCAAGAAAUAAAAUUAGAAAUUCUGUUGAUGUUCA